AUGGCGCAUUCAAAGCGCAACACUUCCCUCCCCCACUUCACAGCCUACGAGCGCGGCCUUCUCCGCUCAACAUGGGGCACCAAGCGCAGCGUAAUCGGUCGUGACUCCUUCCUCCCCUUCGCCUCAUGCCGCCUCUGCCUCCAACCAGCCCGACCACCAGUCGUCGCCUGCGCAACCAACGGCGACCUCUUCUGCCGCGAAUGCGCAAUCAAUGACCUCCUCGCGCAGCGCCAGGAGAUUAAGCGCCUUGAGCGCGAACGCGAGGAUGCGAAGAAGCGCCUUGCGGAAGAUGAUGAGCGGACACUUGAAGAGGCGCGGAAGAAAGAGUUACAUGAUUUCGAGCUCGUCUCCAUGGGAUUAGAGGCCAAGGGGACGAAGAGGAAAGCCGAGGAGACGGAGGCGUUGGCUGCAUUUAAGGCGCGAGAGGUUGAAAUUGAUGGGAAGAGGAGAAAGGUUUUUGAGUUGGAUGAGAAGGAGAUGGCUCGUGUGGCUCGUGAUGAGCAGCAGAGGUUGAAGAACGAACUGAAACGGGAGAAGACCGAGUCUAGCAAGUCUGCUCUUCCGUCUUUCUGGGUUCCCUCAUUGACGCCGGCUACGGAUCCGAAUGAGAUCGCUGCUAAUAAGAAUGUCAAAUUGACUCCCAUAUGCCCCGGGUCGUCGGAUACGAAUCGCCAUGGCUACUCGCUCAAGUCGUUGGUCGAUGUGCAUUUCACGGAAGAGAAGGGUUCGGAUGGUUCAGUCGCCAGAGUUUGCCCGAGUUGCAAGAAGAAUUUGAGCAAUGGUCUCAAGGCUAUGCUCACAAAACCCUGUGGUCAUGUCAUCUGCUCACCAUGUGUGACGAAGUUCAUGGCCCCUCACAAUAAUACAUCAGACCCCCACGCUUCGAAGGAGGAACAAGAAAAGUCGGCAGAACUCCAUGGCCAGGUAUUAUGCUAUGUCUGCGAAACGGACCUCACACCACGGGAAGAGAAAGCAGAUGCCGAUGGAGGCAAGAAGAAGUCCAAAAAGAAGGCCAAAGACGACGCCGUUCGACCGGGUCUGGUGGCGAUCAGUUCCGAAGGGACUGGAUUCGCCGGUGGUGGUGGUAAUGUUGCUACGAAGAAAGGCGUGGCAUUCCAAUGCUGA